AUGGGUGACGAUCUGACAGAAUAUCCAACACAUCGUGUACGUUUACAACCAUGUCAUAUUUGUGGACGACAAUUUAAUACAGAAACAUUAAAAAAACAUCAAGCUAUUUGUCGAAAAGUAACAAGUAAAAAACGAAAAGUAUUCGAUACUGGAAAACAACGAGCUACAGGUUCUGAUGUUCCAUACAAAGCAACAAAACGAACAAUGCAGAUAUAUACCGGUGAAGCUCGACCUCAAGAUGAUAGGUCGAAAUCAAAAUCAAAAGGAAAUUGGAGACAAAAACAUGCACAAUUGAUUCAAUCUAUACGAGAAGCUCGAACUGUUACUCGUGCUAUAAAAGAAGGAGGACCAUUACCAGCUUUUCGACCGAGUGAAAUUCCAUCAGAUUAUAUGGCGUGUCCUUAUUGUCAUCGUAAUUUUAAUGAACAUGCUGCUAAACGACAUAUACCUUUUUGUCAGACACAGCAUGAACGAAAACAAGUACAACCUUCUAGACCUAAUCAACAAUUUGAUAGAGGACGAACUCUUCCUCCACCAAAUUCAUAUCCACAUAAACAACAAUCAUCUCAUUCAGGCAUACAUUCAGGUCCUCAUGAUGUUUAUAAUAAUGGUUAUAAACAUAGUAACUCAGCUCCUAUGAUAGCACGACGACAUCCAUCUGAAUUACAUCCACCGCCACCGCCACCAUCGCAUAAAACAACAGGUGGUGGUGGAGUUUGGGGAGGUUUUAAGAGAUUAUUUGGUUUCGAUUCUAGAGAUGAAGAAGAAUCAAGACGACCUGUGAAUUAUUAUUCACCUGAAGAUGAAUAUGAUUAUGAACCACCCGUUCAUCAACGUAGUCAACAACCAGUACUUAUGCGUACAGGACGUACACAAGCGAAUACAAGUUUAAAUGUACGUGCUCGUCAAAGAAAUGAUGAAGCAGGUUCAUAUAUACGUCGAGGACCACCUCCACCAGCUCCUCCUCCUUCAUAUAGUCAAACACGUAAUCAAUAUGGUAAUAGUCAAUAUAAUUCCACAAGACCAACUGCUGUUGGACGACCACCACCACAACUAUCAUCUGGAAAACGAUGUAAUGAAUGUGGUAGUGUUUUUAAUAAUUCAUCCGCUCGUUUCUGUGCUAACUGUGGUUCCAGACGUUAA